GCGAAAACAACAGUCGACCAUCAUCGCCGCCACGAUCAUCAACAUCAGCCUGAAGCAAUUCCCUCCGUCGGAUUUGCGCCUUCGCCCACAUCUCAUAUUGUCUCCAACUCACCCACUCCCAGCCUGCGCAUUUGUUAGGCUCCAUGAGCUGUGCGAUCGGCAAGCCCUCCUCAGCUCGAACAUUGACGCCAGUAUCAUCAUCCAUCAUUACCCUCGCUGUCAUAAAGACCGUGAGGUAAUGUUUUCCACCUUCGGCCGCAUCCAGUAUGCUGUUCGUGAUCGUCAGGAAAGUCACGUCGUGAACCAUAAGACCUGUUUCUUCGAGGACCUCACGCGCCGCGCACUCCUCCAGUGUCUCGCCGGAUUCCAAGUGGCCACCAGGUAGGGCGUAAGUGCCACUGCCGUGAGAGCCUAGCCGUUUCCCCAUUAUGAACUUCCAUGCGUUUGUCUCGUCUAGAGACACGGAAGAUUGUUGUUCAGGAGUGGAAUUGGCGGGGUGGAUAACGAAGACGCCGACGCCGACGCGAGGGACUUCGGAGGCGAGAAGAACCUCUGACUUUUUAGGCUCCAUGUGCUGUACAUUGUUUCGGAUCUGAGGUGGUGAUAACAGCAGCUUUCCUGAAUGAGAGCUGGCAAGGAAGCCACCUAGGAUUUUCUUCAUCUUGUCAAAUGCUAGUCGUCUGUGAGAUCGCGCUAGAGUAUCUCUCUCAUUCGACAGAUUCUCCGGGUAAUAUUGAGCCAAGACAUCGGAUAUGAUAUGAAGAUAGCCGAAAUGGACAUCUACCUCUCGACAAGCUCUCACGGCGUCGAAAACCUCGCAGUCGACCCAAUCCGCCUUUUUGCGCCACUGCUCAAACCAGACUCCAGUCUCCACAAGGGGUGAGAAGACACUCACGUUCUGUCCAGCCACGAGUUUGGUUGAGCUCUGGUCCUGUCGGGUAAUAUCAUACUCAAAGGGGUUGGACCACUGAACAGAUUCUUUCCCCACGCAACUAGAUGAGCCCGUCACAACGAUCUGAUUGGGUUGAAUGACGGAGCCGUUGGCUUUUGUGCGAGACCGCAGAGAGCCUGCCUUCCCAAGAUGAACGACACAGCUGACAUUGUUCAACUUUUUCAGCACUCUGAUUAAAGAACCGACAAGAUCUCCCCACAGACUGAUCAUGCACCCCAGAUACGAGACAACUUUACCAUGUGGCAAGAUGAUUUUCCGCCACUCAAAAAGUUGCUGGUCCCGUACCCAAGUACCUCUUUCCCACAUGUACGCAGUCAUGGGCAAAACAGCCUCGACGUGGCCCAGAAUCACUAUAUCAGCUUGACCCAUGAGCGACAGAUUGGAUCCAGCAAAUAUCGCAGUGCAGUCUUCCGCACAAGGCAACUUGUACUCAACGAUGGUCGAGCGAGAAGGGCAACCAAAAGAGGGCGACUGCAGUUCUUUCAGCCGGAGAUACAUCGCAAUUAGGUAUGCGUUGUGUUUAACAUAGUCUUGACCUGGGAAGCAGUUGAUUUCCAACACGUCGUCAUCAAUGAUUCGGCUUGUGGGACGGUGCCAAUUGAAACGUCUGCCUUCUUUUUCGAAUGUCGACAAGCCAUCUCGCCGAUAGUGACCACGAACAAUUAUUCUUCUCCAACGCCGAUCUCGAACAUCCUGAUGAAUCUUGUCGCCAAUAUAUUUUUUCAGUGAAUGCCGCAUUGUAUGACUGUGUAUCAUGGCGUCUAUUUCUUCCACCGAGAUGGUGAUUGCCAAUGCCUCAUCGUCACUGCUGGCUGCCAUGACGAUGGGCCUUGCGUACGACAACGAAGUUUGGGGAGACGCGGAGGUGAAGGAAUGUGAUUGACAGUGAACGAAAUCUGCGUCUGAAAGCACUUCACAGCUUUCUGAGCAUCACCGAGACAUUUUUGCAUAAAUCGCCGAAUUCUAACAGAUAGGCCUACAAAGUUGUCCACGAUCAGGAGCUGGAGACUUGUGGACGGAAAUCAUGUUUCAGCACGAUACGAAAUUCACGCGUCCUAAGUUACACACAAACCGUUAAGUUGCAGGGUGAUGAGUCAGACCAGGCAGUGUUGCGACUCGAUUGUAAUACACCAUGGCGCUUUCACCGGCACCAACAUCACGGAUGGCGACAUCCUGGUCCCUUGUAUAAUCUGCUUUCGACCUACUCGCAAGUGGCAUGCAAUUGAAUACGAACACCAAUACGGAACUCUCCUUCUUUCAGUCGCCUCGGUAGUAGAGUUAGAGCUCUACAAGCCCGCAUUCGACGACAAACUACAGCGUACAGUUGUGGACCUUGGCCUUUCCUGGAAUUGAAAGAUGCUAUUACUCCCGCCAGCAAACUAGCUCCAGUCAGGAUCUGAAUGGAAGAGCAUAUCAUGAAGUCGACGAUCCACGAUGACCUAUACAAUUCGAAAGAGCACCAAGCCACCCAGUUGAUCACUCUAUCCCUGCUCUAUCCGUACCUAAUCUCCGUACUAACGACAUAUAUUCAACGACACGGGGACACAGGACUCAUAUUCAGCGCCUCGCUACAGAUUUUCCGUAAAGCAAACAAGAAAGACUAAUGGUACGUCCGCAUAUCAGGCUUUCAGUGGGCUGCGAAUCUUCAGUCUUACCAUACAUAAGAAUGCCCUCUCAUCCUCUUUUGUACUAUAUGUCUUCUUGUCUCCGUGGGUUCCCUGUCCUCGUCGUUUUGUUCCAGUUUUUCAGCCGCACUUCUACUCAGUUCUUGAUCGCAGCACCUUAGACUUGACCUAUGCCUCCCGCAAAUCUUCUCCGCCAACUCAAAGGCAAAUCCUAUGAGGUUAAUCUUGAACCAGGCAGUGCCCCAGUCAGCUAUGAUAACACGGAUUUGAGGGAUGUUCAGACUUUGGUGGCUCGACCUAUAGAAUCGUAUACCACUGGCACCGCACAUGUGAUCUUCAUGCCGUCAAUCGAAAAACGCUUGGAGAGGGGAUUUGCACCCGACCAGCUCAUCGAUGACCUAUCAAGCAGGUUCAACAUUCCGGAGUUCUUUUUCGACGUUGCGGGAUGGAACGCGAACGGGUUCUUCAGGUCCUCAGAGCUUGGAAACCGAGAUCCCAGCACGAGUGCGCCAUACUCUUACUGUAAGUUACUCAACAGGGUGCGCCGUUCAUACUCAAUGAUGGCAGGCACGUCAUCACGCUUUCUCACCAAAAAUGUCAUGGACAAGGUAAGCGUAGGGGAUCAAAAUACAGUCCCGGGCCACACGAGUGAUGCAGCAGCAAGACGACAUUUCAGCGAAUUCAGCGACGCCGAGGACGAAAAAUGGACGUGGACAUCAGCAGACACUGGUCCACCCCAGGCAUCAACUCCAAGCUCCAAUCCACCAUCAUACAGAAGCUUGACACGCAAUCCAAAUCCAAAGUCACCUUCAUAUAAGUACACAUGGGACUUUAUGGGGUUUUGCACCUAUUGGCGGCGGACAGCUAUAAGAGGCGGUGGGGGACAAUAUGCCUUUCUCAACAUUAUCGUCUGCUUCGACCUGAGUAAAGAAAUCAAGAAGAAGAUCAUGGCGGCAAUCAGCAACGCGCGGUUCGACAUUGCCCAGGGACUACACGAUCCUUUCUGUCUUCUGAACGUGGCCAACAACGUUAUGAUUGAGCAUUUCCACCGGAGCUUGUGGUCCUUCCAACCGCCCAUUAGAAAUGUUGAAAAGACUCGUCUGGAGGGUUGGGUCAAGACUCUGCAAAAUGAUGGAGGCGAUACAGCGAGGGCAAGGGAAGUCACGGCUCUGGUGGCGAAAUAUGCGGCAAUGCACGAGCUCAAUCGUCACGUCCACCACAUUGCAGAGGCAAUGCAAGUGGCUUCGAACACACUCAAGAACAUCACCGAGGCCCAUGAUUCGCUUUGUUCCGCCACAUCCCCAGCUCAGCACACAUCAGACAAUAUAUCCAACAAUUUGAGGUUCCAAACCGUCUACACUGACAAUCUCCGAUGUCGGGCUGACGCUUUCGUUGACAGGAUGAAGAAUGAAACUCGAUUCAUAUCAAACCGUGUCGCCAUCGAAGACAAUGAUGUGUCAAAGGGUAUCUUGGCCGAGACUCGUAAUGAUGGAAGAGUCCUUUCGGAGACUGUGUCAGUAUUGACGUUGUUGUUUCUACCUGGAACUUUUGUUUCUGGUUUCUUUGGUAUGAAUUUCUUCUCUGUCGAUGGGAAUGGCUGGAAAUGGUUGCCCAAUUUCUGGAUGUUUUUCGCCUUUACCGCCCCAAUCACGUUUGCAGGUUUGGUGCUGUUCAUGUUCGAAGUCAACGUGGUCGGAUGGAGCAGGAGGAACUUCUCCAAACCCGUCAAGAAUUGGUAUCUGGACAAACAGCGAAAGCGAAGUCGAAGUCGAAAUCAACGACGAAGGAAUACUCAGACAGAGACGACGCAUGCGGGGACGAAUAGUCAGACGCAAACGAACGUGAACAUGGACACUAACACGAUUGGACAGAAUGAUGGCGUUGUUUAGGUGGUUAUCUUUAUCUCAACGAACGAUCUGUACUUGAACAUGGACACUCGGGGAAAUGGGGCGACCUCGACACGGGUCCAGACACACGGUAGACAUUGGGCCUUGAACGGAAACCCCUUUGAGGCAUUGGAGACGGGCCAAUUUUUCCCUCGGCGCGAAAGAAAAGUGUGUUGAUUUGCUGGAAUUCUUCAGAUAUCAGGGGUCGGACAUUGUCAGAAAGGAGGAAACGAGGAUGAGGAAGAGAAGGGUGUCUGGGAGAUAGUUUUCUACUUUGUAAUAAUGGUAAUAAAGCGAGACCAGUGGUCGCAGUUUGACGACCCUGAAUCGAGAU